CGGGCCGGUGCCGGGCGGCGCGGGCGGCGCGGCGAUGGAUCCGACGGGCGCGUCUCACCCUGGGAGCAUCGCGAUGAACGUCAACGGGACGAUGCGGAGGCUGCAGCCGGUUUGCGCGCAGGCGCUGCCGUGGUCCACGUCGUUCAUCGGGUGCCCGGGGAUCAAGUGCGACGACGGGCACGACUUCACCGAGCUUUUCCUCGAGGACGGGUCGAGGAACGCGGGCAACAGACGGACGACGCCGCUGGAGGUUGAGCACCCCAAGGACGUCGCGGCGUUUCACGCGCGAAGCACCAACUGCCCGUGGGCCAAGCCCAACCUCCAGGCGACCCUGGAGACGGCGUCCGAUCCCAUGGCGCUCCACGCGUUGCUCAACGAGAUCGCGCCCAAGAAACCCCUCAAGGUGAAGCGCGUGGACGGUCAGUGCGAGGCUUGCUACGCGGCGCACGUGGCGUUGGCGGCGAGGCUCCGGGCGAAGCACAACCCAAAGUCGAAGGGUGGCGCUGCGGCUGACGUGGACGCGUGAACUGUGACGACGACGAGGAAGACACGACGCGACACGAAAUAGACUUUGUCGUGCGCACGCGAAGAUGCGCGCCAAUUGGCGACGCCGUGGACGGAUGUAAUGGGCAUUCAAUUCACGCU